AUGGAGUCCGUGGCUCUGUACGACUUCCAGGCCGCCGAGAGGGACGAGCUGCCCUUCCGCAAGGGCGACACGCUGAAGAUCCUCAACAUGGAGGACGACCAGAACUGGUACAAGGCCGAGCUUUACGGUAACGAAGGCUUCGUCCCCAAGAACUACAUCAAGGUSAAGCCUCACCCGUGGUACGUGGGCAGGGUGGCACGGCAGGCGGCCGAGGAGCUGCUGCUGCAGCGCAGGCACCUGGGGGCCUUCCUCAUCCGCGAGAGCGAGAGCGCCCCGGGGGAGUUCUCCAUCUCSGUCAACUACGGGCAGCACGUGCAGCACUUCAUGGUGCUCCGUGAGCGCAACGGCAAGUACUUCCUCUGGGAGGAGAAGUUCAACUCCCUCAACGAGCUCGUGGACUUCUACCGCACCACCAGCAUCGCCAGAGAGCGGCAGCUCUUCCUCCGGGACCACRGCCGGGAGGUACCGGGGAGCCGCGGCGGCGGCUGCGCCACACCGGAGAGCCCUGGGGUGCUCGUGAGCAGACCCAAGUUCGUGCAAGCGCAGUUUGACUUCUGCAGCCGUGAGCGCUCCCAGCUGCCCUUCCUCCGCGGGGACAUCAUCGAGGUGCUCGGCUGCCCCGACCCCAACUGGUGGCAGGGCAAGGUUUACGGGCGCGUCGGCCUCUUCCCCCGCAGCUACGUCCAUCCCAUCCACAAGUGACCACCCCGACGGGCUCCUCCGGAUCCUCCCUUCCAUCCGGACUCUCAGGAGCCCCCUGCGUGUCUGUGGCCUCUGUGUCCUCUUGGACCACRCCAGGCUGGGCGGACUUCACCAUGGCUCUCCCAGGCUUCUCCCAUGCAAACGGCAAAAUCCCRGGGAAACCCUGUUGGGAUGUGGGCGGCUUCACCCCACGUACCCGGUAGGGUGAUGGUGACCACG